AUGGAUGCUUUGCUUAUGGCUUUGUUCGAGGGCAAGGGACUCGCGAAGGAAGCUGCCAAGAAGAAGAUGUAUCUGGCUGCUGCCAUUGUAGCCCAAGGUGGAGAUUCACAGUUGCUUCUACUUGGUUCCAUCCAGGGUUUCUUUCAGGAAUCUUGUUCAGGUGUGGAAGUGGCUGUUGCUCUCAUAGCUCUCUAUGACGCUGGUGUUUUGGAGGAUGAGCAGAUUCUUGCAUUCUGCAGUGGUACGGAAAUCUCUCAAUGGAGGCGACAAGGAAUCUCAGAUUCUGAAAGAGUGUUCAGCCGUUUGUUGAAUGGCUGCAGAAUGCUGAAUCUGAGACAGAAGAGGAAUGAUUUGCAGGGUGUCCUGUCAGUUGUCGUAAUCAUUUAUGCUGAUGUUUGGACUUUGGAGUCGGCAGUUGUCUUCAAGAAUAAAGUGUCUUUUGGGUUUUAUGGGAACAUUACACUUGUGUGUGCCUUUUGUUAUUUCGAAAUUCUUUCAUAA